AUGUCUCUGAGGCUACCUUUCCAAGGCAGAUGGAAGCUGGGGCGGAAGAACUCACUGGGGGGUUCCUCGCAGCUCCCCAAGCAGGACUAUGAGGCCCUGAGGGAAAGGUGCCUGAUGGAAGGCCGCCUCUUUGAAGAUGACAGCUUCCCAGCCAGCCUGAGCUCCGUGGGCAGCGGGCCCCUGCUGCGGAAGCUGCCGCCUGGCCUGCAGUGGAGGAGGCCUCCGGAGCUACACAGCAAUCCCCAGUUCUAUUCUGCCAAUGCCAAAAGACUGGACCUGUGCCAGGGAGUGGUAGGUGAUUGCUGGUUCUUGGCUGCUUUGCAAGCCCUGACUUUGCACCAGGACAUCCUGAGCCGUGUCGUUCCCCUGAAUCAGAAUUUCACUGAGAAGUAUGCCGGCAUUUUCCAGUUCUGGUUCUGGCACUUUGGGAAGUGGGUGCCUGUGGUGAUAGAUGACCGACUCCCUGUGAAUGCAGCUGGCCAGCUGGUGUUUGUCUCUUCCACCGACAAACACUUGUUCUGGGGAGCUCUUCUGGAAAAGGCCUAUGCUAAGCUCUCUGGCUCCUACGAAGACUUGCAGCAUGGACAGGUGUCUGAAGCACUCGUGGACUUCACUGGAGGGGUGACGAUGACCAUCAAACCGGCAGAAGCCCCCGGCAACCUCUGGGACAUCCUAACCCGAGCCACCUACAGCAGAACCCUCAUUGGCUGCCAGACCCACUCAGGGGAAAGGGUGCUGGAGAAUGGGCUGGUGGGCGGCCAUGCCUAUACCCUCACAGGAAUCAGGAAGGUGACCUGCAAACAUGGACCGGAAUAUCUAGUCAAGCUGCGGAACCCCUGGGGCAAAGUGGAAUGGAAAGGAGACUGGAGUGACAGCUCAAGUAUGUGGGAGCUACUGAGCCCCAAGGAGAAGAUUCUACUGCUGAGAAAAAGUGAUGAUGGAGAAUUCUGGAUGACACUGAGGGACUUUAAAGCACAUUUCAUGCUUCUGGUCAUUUGUAAACUGAUCCCAGGCCUGCUGAAUCAGGAGGUGGGCCGGAGGUGGGCAUGCACCAUGCAAGAGGGGAAGUGGGAGAAGGGGAGCACGGCUGGUGGCCGGAUGAAGUCGCCCCGAGACACAUUCUGGAAGAACCCACAGUUUCUGCUGUGUGUCUGGAGCCCUCAGGAGGGCAGGAGUUUCCCGAUGCCCUGCAGCGUGCUGGUGUCCCUGCUCCAGAAGCCCAGGCACAGGCACCGCAACCGGAAGCCUCACCUCGCCAUCGGCUUCUACCUCUUUAGGUUGAGCAAGUACUAUGGUGACCAGAGGAGACUGCCUCCUGAGUUCUUCUGGAAAAAUGCUCCCCUAAGUUGGCCUGAAGCAUUUCUCACAGAGAAAGAAGUGAGUCGGGAGCUGCAGCUGGAGCCAGGGACAUACCUCAUUGUGCCCUGCACCUCUGAGGCUGGCCGGGAGUCAGAGUUUCUCCUGAGGGUCUUCUCUAGGAAGCACAUCUUUCAUGAAAUUGGCUGCAGCGUCAGUGCUGUCUUCUCUAAGGAAAUAGUGGACCAAAAUGAAGGGCAGGAUGAAUUCUUCACUAAACUCUUUGAGAAGUAUCCAGAAAUAAAUGCAGUGCAGCUGCAGAAGAUCCUGAACCACAUGACCUGGUCAAGUCUGGGGAGCACCCAGCCUCUCUUCAGCCUGGACGCCUGUCAGGGGAUCCUGGCCCUGCUGGACCUUAAUGCAUCUGGUACUGUGAGCAUCCAGGAGUUCAGAGACCUAUGGAAGCAGCUGAUGCUCUAUCAGGAGGUUUUCCACAAGCACAACAGUAACCAGUCGGGAUACCUGAACAGGACUCAGCUGCGGGCCGCAAUGAGGGACGCAGGAAUCGUGCUCAGUGAUGAUGUCUGCCUGCUGAUGCUUAUCCGGUACGGCGGCCCCAACCUCCAGAUAGACUUCGUCAGCUUCGUCCACUUGAUGCUGCGCGUGGAGAACAUGGAGGAUGCCUUCCAGAACUUAACCCAAGAUGGCAAAGGGAUAUACCUCCAGAAGCCAGAGUGGCUGAUGAUGACUCUGUACUCCUGA